UCAGGAGGUUAUCCCGCAACCAGUGCAGCAAUCGGUUCAGAGUCCCUGUGAAAUCGAUUAUUAUUAUUAUUAUUAUUAACGAGGGUAACGGAUAGCAGAGAACAGCUCCCUCAACGCGACAGUACUUACAUUCCUCGCCAGCUUUCCACGAUGUCGGAAAACAACGAGCACUCGCCCGACGACACCGAAACGGAGACCGGAACGAGGGAGGAUCCGCCGAACGAUUCAUCCAAAAGCGAAGCGAAAUUAAUGAUGAAUCAAAUGGACGCUGCUCUACUCGAGGAUGAGGAAAUGCCAACGUACAUUAGCGUAUCCAGUACCACGAGACCAGAUGACUCGGAUAUUGUCAAACAAUCUGAGAAUCAGUCGCAAGAGAUGGAGGAGACUCGCAGUCCAAGCCCGUAUGCCAGUGAUGAUCAAGCAGCGAGUAGUGUGUAUGUUUUGUCAUCUGAAGAGGAUGAAACUGAUCAACAUCCUUAUAACGAUGAGGAUGAUGAAGACGAAUAUGCAGAUAGCGAUGAUAUGGAAAAUUUAGAACUUGACAAUGAAUUUAACUCAGAGCGUCCAAGUAAUAUGAAGCAUUUGAUGGAUGACGAGGAUGAUGAUGAUGAAGAUGACGAAGAUGAUGAAGAUGACGAUGACAGUCCAAGACAAAUGCAUAACUAUGAUGAUGGUAUCGAUGAUAAUUAUGAAACAGAUUGUUAUGAUUUGGAUGGAAGAUCUGAUGAUUUCAUCUUAAAUAGGAGGUUAAAAAAUCGUGACAAAGAAAAGAGUCUUUCUCUUCAAGAUUUAAAUAUGUACAAGAAUAAUAUGAAAGCUGAAUAUUUUAAAAGAAGACAUUCGCAAGGUUUAAGGCCAAAUUAUCCAAACAUUCCAGAACAUGCUGUUAUGUAUUCCACAAGUCAGAGAAAGCAACCAAUGCCGGGAAAAUAUCAUUACGUACAAAGCAAAGUCAAGCGUUAUAUCAAAGAUAUAAAAGAUCAAAAUAGGCGUUCCAUGGAAAAACAUAUAAAACAGCAUCAGGAAGAUACAAUCUACGAUAAUAGCAACACCGAUGAUAAAAACAAUGAUACAGAAAAGACAAAGCCUACAGUGACCAACAAGACAAUAAAAGAUUAUGCUGAAAGAACGAUUAAAGAGUUAGAAAUCGCAGAAACAUGCGACAGCAGCGUGGAUAAAGUAUCUUACAACACUCUUGCUACGCCAAUCAUAUUAAAUGGACAAGAUAAUAAAAACUGUUUGGAAUCAAUACAAGAAGAAUCCAUUCAAAACGAAGUCAAAACAAAUGUACCAUUUGAAUCAACACAGAAUGAAAGAGAUUUUUUAAACACCGAUAAUAAAAUGCAAAAACAGAAUGGAACAAUUGAAGUUAAACAAUUAAAGUUGAAUUAUUCUAAUAGAGAGAUUCCACAGGAAUUUGGAGGUGUUGUACAACCAUCUCUUAUUCAAAAUGGUCAUCAAGAAGUACCAACAGUACUGUACAAUUUGCGAACUUUAAGUUAUGAGGAGUAUAUGCAUGGUACUCCUGUGUCUAGUCAAAAAAUUAAUCUAAACAGAAAUACACAUGUUGAACAAGAACAUGUUCAACCUGAGGGAUAUAACAAUACAGAUUUAAUGGAAAUAUCCACAGAUAAUGAUGAAGAUACUUGUCCUUUAAAGAUUGAAAACAUAAAAAGCAUCGAGACAAUGUCAGAUGAAGUAAAAAAUAAUGAACAAAUAACUUUUAGUAAAACAAAUGAAGAGUUCAAUAAAACAACUUUGGAUACCUCAGAAGUUAUCACUUUAAGAAAGAAAUUAACACAGAAGACUGUAGAAUACAACAAUUUGCUUGAGACAUAUCAAAAACAACUUAUGGAGAAUUUGAAAAUGAAACAAGACUUAGACAAAUUGAGAAAAACACUGACAAAAUAUGAGAAAGAAAAUAAACCCCGAGAACAAAAAAUUGCUUCAGUUCAGACAGAUAUUAUCGAUUCUGCACCUGAUCAACAUCAACAUCGAGAUAAAAAGGAGCCUACAACUGUCAAGCAGAGUAACAAUAAAAUAUCAGGUAACAGUGUCGCUUCGACUCUGAGCUCUAUAGAUCAAUGGAGUUCCAGUGCGUGUAAUUUAUCAAUAUCCAUGAAACCACCUGAAGUAACAAAAACAUUACAUUCUGACGAUAGCAUGGUACUUAUUGAUGGUACACCAGGAAAAACGACGCGUUCACUAUCGCGUGAAUUUAUUACUUCAUCUCGAAUUAUCCAAACACUUUCAAAUCUUACACAAGGGAAAACCAAGCCAGAGAGUCUGAUACAAAAUUCGAAAAAAAGAUCAAGUGAAAAUGAAGAAAUGGAUAUACAAAAUGAUGAUAGUAGCUAUCAAUACCAACCUUCGAGUUCCAAAAAAAGAAAGAUUGUAGAUUUUCUUAGACCAUCUAAUUUUCUACAACCCUUUAAUACUGCAGAAUCACAUCCAAAGUUAAAUGAAACACCUAAAACAGAAUCCCAGUUUAAAAAUUUAUGUGAUUCGAUAAUUAAGAAUGUAGAUUUGCAAGCAAAUUCAUCUAAUACUAAUGUAGAAUCUCCAUUUAAAAUUUUAUGUGAUACAUUAGUUAAAAAUGUAGAUUUGCAAGCAAAUACGUCUAAUACUAAUGCAAAUCAAUUAGGAGCUGCUACAUCUACAAUGGAAAGCAAGAUGGAAACCACUGAUGAUCCAGAAGAUAAUGUAAAAUGUUUUGUAUAUCGUGAAGACGAAAGCAGUAAAGAGCGUAGUUUUCUCAUUUUAGCAGAGGUGCCUGAAAACAAUAAAACUAUUAAUGAUAAAGGGCGUCUCCGAGAAUGUGGUCCAUACUUGAUUGGUAACGUAGAAGUAAGGAUGUCUGAAGUAAAUGGAACACUCCACAUUUGGGGCCAAGAGCUCAGUGAAGAAUCCACUACUGAAAAUGAGACAGAAGCAUCUGCUAGAAACCACUGGCAAAAGACCCCGCAUACCAGAUUCAAUGGCAGCAAUAUAGUAUGUUCAACAAGUAAAAAAUCAAAAGGUCCUCCUAAAUUUGAACUAUCUUCAGCUGCAUCCAAUUUUUCAUGUCUACAUUCACCUUCGUUUAAUGUAGCAAGAGCAUCUUGUUCUACAAAUAAUGCACAUACAGAUAAGUAUAGUCCAGAUGUGUGUGCUUCCUCUGUUCCUUGCGAAGACUGUGAUCUCUCAAAACACCGUAAAGAAUGGUUAAAAUACAAACGAAUGCAUCCCCAAGAAAAAUUACAUUCCUGCUCCAUUCAUAGCAUAGACACAUCAGAACAAAAGUGUAAUUGUUCCUUACGUAAAGAAAAGCAAAAAUUUGAAGAUAAUUUUAACUGUAGCAAAGAAAAAUUAAGCACUCAGGAACACCGACGAAGUUUUUCAAGAAACCUAGAGCCUAACAAGCAUUUACAUGAAAAUAUUGCUUCAGAAGACAGUGAACACAUUUGUAGAAAUUGCACAGCGUGUAAUCAUUCGCUCCACAAUCCAGAUAAUUUUCAAGAAAAUCACAAAUGUUGUAACAUGUUAAGAGAAACUUAUGAACCAUUAACAAUGAACAUAGAUCGAGAACAUAAUCAGUCACGUAAUCAUUCUUCUCAUCAUGUACAUGAAGAAGAGCCAUUAAUAACGCUAAAACAAUGUAGUGAAACACCAGAGACAAGACGACGAAGAUUAACUGGUAAAAGGGUACGAGGAAUGUUAAUGGAUCUUAUACGAGGAUGCGGAGAUUGCUAUAAUCCUAAUGUAUCUAGUAAUAGCAAAAGCUGUAUGCACAAGAAAGAACCAUAUUUAAGAAGUUGUUCUCCACAAAUCAAAAUCACGCCGUGUGCAUCUCCAGAACCAUCAUGUUCAAAUCCAGGACAACCUGGAAGAUGCUGCCAUGCUUAUGUGCAGCGAAUUGAAUCUCAACUGGAAGAAUUUCGAAUGGAAAUGGAAAGGAUGCGAUCGCGUUCCGAUGCUAUUCUUGAUAUGCUCAAUAUGCUUCAUUCAGUGGAUACAAACUAAAGGAAUCUACUUUAAAGUUAAUUAUUUCUCUUUUAUAUGUACAUAUAUCAUAUUUUUUUAUUUUAGUUUUUUCUCAGCCAGAACCAUUAUAUGCCUCGUUCUACUUCAUCGCUUAUAAAAGAAGUAUAUUAUCCAUUUGUUAAAUAAAAUAUAUAAAUAUAUAUAAUGAAAAAGAUAUGUUUACUAAUAUAUGCAUAUCUAACAGUGAUACAUGCCAUUUUUUGGUUAAAGUUUCUAAUAAGAUAGCUGUAUAUCUACACAUUUAUAAUAUAUUUUCCAUGUGAAGAAAUUAAUCUCUGUGUGAAAUAAAUAUACAAUAAGCAUUACAUUUGUAACCCGUGUUAAAAAAAAUGAAGUAGAUGAUCGCUGUUUAGUAAAGAUGCAAAACCUUA